CUUUACCAAUUCUAUCCCCUAAAAAGAAGAUGCCGAUAAAAGACAAACGAUUCGUGUUCACGGGUGAACUAUCGAAGGACAGGGAAUAUUUCACCAAUUUGGUGCUGAUGUCAGGCGGUAAGGUAACGCACCAGGUGAGCGGACUGACGAAUUAUUUGGUCGUAGGGGAAGACGGAGGAAAGGUUAAAAUGAGAAAGGCGGAAGAGAUCGGGUGUAAGAUUAUUGGGGAGAACGAAUUUAUGAGGAUGGUGAAUGACGAGGGGGAUUUAACGGAUAAGGAGAAGGGAAUGGGGAGUGUUGCUGAGAGAGGUGAUGUGGCGGGUAGGAAGAAGGGAAUGGGGAGUGGUGCAGUAGGUAAGAAUUUAAGGAGUAAAACCAAAAAUACGAACGAUAUAGAACGGACUGAGGAUCGAAUCGGUAAGAAGGGAGAAAAAAUGAACGUGAAAAAUAAAUUGGCAAGAACAGGCGAACUGCCCACUAAGAAUGAUGAGAGAACACAAGGCGUGAAAACUCCUUCUCUUGCUGAUGGCAAGCCACAUUACGGUAUGUUGUGGACCGUUAAAUACGAACCGCGCAUUUUGGAUGAAGUAUUGGGCAAUAAAACAGCGAAGGACCAUGUUUUGAAUUUCCUUGAGCACUACAGGAAAGGUAAGGCAUUGCUAAUAUCAGGUCCUCCUGGUGUAGGGAAAUCGCUGAGUGUCAAACUGGCAUGUAAGAGCACAAACUACGAGAUGACAGAGUUUAACGCAAGCGAUGUGCGCAACAAGAGCAGUUUGACCGAACGUGUCAGGCAGUUCGUGAACUGUGGGUGCAUAUCGGGUAGGCGUAGAGUGUUGGUGAUGGACGAGUGCGAUGGUAUGACGGGUGAUAGAGGCGGUAUAGCCGAGCUGGUGCAAAUAAUUAGGGAUGCUCGGAUGCCCGUGAUAUGCAUAUGCAACGAUAAAUACGCUGUGCGGCCGCUUGUGAAUGUGUGCGAGGAGGUGACGUUCAGGAAAUUGGAGACGAGGCAAAUUCUUGGACGGGUGAGAGACAUCGUGAGAGAAGAGGGCAAAGACGUAAAGGACAAGGAGAUUGUGGAGGUGUGUGGUAUGGCGAACAAUGACAUGCGGUACAUUCUUAAUUGCUUGCAAGGCAGCGUGAUGUACAAGAAAGUGGUGAGCAGGAAUUUGUUUGACGAGGUACUGGCGUUGUUUGGAAGGGGCAGAGUGGGCGAAAAAAUGGAAACGUUUUUUUCGGACUAUGAGAUGAUGCCUUUGAUGGUGUACGAGAAUUAUUUGCGCUCAGAUAUGCGAGACAGAGAACCUGGAAAUAAAGCGGGUAAGGCAGAACUGGAGAAUGCUCCUGACAAUGGAUUAGAGGAUAACGAAUGUAAUAAUGCGCAUAAACACAAUAAAAGGCCGAAAAAUCAUCGCAUAAAUGUGUAUGAGCUUGAUGAUAACGUGAUACGUACCAAGAUGUGCACGUAUGCACAUGCAUCAGAUAGCAUAAGCCUAGCCGAUACGUACUUAAGGAAGAUGGGCAGCAACGAUUGGUCCCUGCUCAAUCACUACGCGUUGUUCGGUGCUUUAAUCCCCGCACAGAACCUAAAAAUAAACAAGCGGAUAGAAUUCCCAAAGGUACUCGGUAAUACAAGCAAAAGCAACAAACACCAUAGGGUAAUACAAACCUUUCACUUUCACAUUCUUAGCAAAUGCGAUCCUACGGAGUUCUACUUCUAUGACAUGCCGUUGCUGAUCAAAGCGUAUAUUGCCAAUUUGAAUGAGGGACGGAUCGAGGAGAGCGUGCAGUUCCUAGUCGAUAACAAGUUGUUGAAGAGCGACUGCGAUGAUGGAAUGGGCGUGUAUGGAUGGGAGAAGAGCGUGAGCACGAAAGGGAAAAGCGCAAUAACUAGAGCAUACAAAAAGGUAAGGAGAUGCCUGCCUUAUAAUGAUGAAGAGUAGGGAUGAGAACAGAAUGUGGUGGCCGGCCAUGCACCGUAAUUCCUGAUUAUGAAAGCAUUUGUGAGUGUUAGCGUAUCCAAUGUUUGGUCAAUGAUGCGCUGAAAACCAUUGGAUGUACGAUGUGAGUAUUUUUAUUGAGCUAUGGCUUGUUUUGCUAUGACACCGAAGGAUUUUCAUUGAAUUUUGUUUAUUUUUUGUUUAAUUGCGAUAUUUCGCGCUUGACCGUUCUUUUUGUGGCUUAGCAUACAUAGCAGACCUAAAUUAACACCGACUAGUUUUUACAUACCAGAAGACUUGUCAUGAUAUGAAAGGGGAACUACCAGAAGUUUAUCUCUGCGUAACGCGAUGGGUAGGUGCCGAUAAAUCGUGGAGUAAGUAAAUUUAUAUUUAUUUUAUAGUGUGGAGACUUCUCUGCUACAUU